ACUGAAGGGGAAAUAACCCCUGCCUUCUCUGCUCAUGUAAUAUUAAAUUUCUCUCCUUUCACUUCUCUCUCUGCCCCUCCUCUUUCUUGUAGGGCAUGUAGAGAGGGCAGCAUUUGUACUCCCUGUCUUUCAUAUCAGCUCUCGCUCCGGUUCCCUUACUCUCUCCAUCACUCUCUUGCUGUCUUUCCCUGAGUGUGCAAGAGGAGCUUGGGCAGCAGCUACGUCAGCCUUCAGCGAGCAGCUGAGGAGAGCUGUGGAACUCAUAUGUGUGUGUGUCUCUCUCUCAUUCUUUUCUCAUAGUCUCCAGCUCAUGCCUCUACUCUCUCUGGAGUCUACGACCGUGGCACAUCCUGGGGCACUGAUACAGCGAACGAAGCACCUCCUCUCACCAUCUGCACUCUACUACACAAACAGCAUCUGACCAAAGCACAAACCAAGGAGAAAAGAAGGAGAGAGUGGAAGCAAAGGAUGGAAGAGAAGAAGAGAGAGAUGGGAAUCUGAGGAAAAAGUGCGGAGGUAGGAGAGACUGAUGGACAGAGUAGAAAGAGUGAGCAAAGGAAUAGUAUUGGAAGAAUGAAACAGAGAUGAAGUGAGGAAUGCAGAGCUGAUAAAGGCAAAAACUGAUAAGAGACAUAUUUGUUAUAAAUAGGACAUAGCUGGGUCCAGGAGAGAAUAACAGCCUUAGAGAGAGAAUAUUUAGGAAAAAAAAUGUUCUAACAGUCACAGCGUGGUAGAAUAGCUGGUGAAACGGAAAAGAGCAAAGGCUCAGGGAGAGAUCAGCAGGAGGGAUCAGAGUCAUUUGCAAAGGACUCUUCACACAGCCCUAGCCAACCACAUGCCCAUCGAAUUUGUUUGUAAAAUUAAGUUUGCUGAGGGCAACGAAGCCAAGGGGGCCUCAACAGAAGGAGGCGGAACGGUUAUGCUAGAUGAAGGCCUUCAGCGGCAAAAAGGAGGCAUGGCUGACCUUGCGUCCUUUGCAAGCUCCUCUACGCUACACGGUCUGGCUCGGGUAUUGGGGACCUCAGGACGCAUGGGCUUCAGACAGACCCUUUGGGGACUGGCACUGUUGGUCUCACUUGGUCUCUUCCUGUACCAGGCGACAUGGAGCACGGCGACUUAUCUAGAGCGACCCCACCUCGCAGCUAUGAGGGAAGAAACCCGCCGUGAGCUCACCUUCCCAGCCAUUACCCUCUGUAACGUCAACCGAUUUCGCUUCUCAGCUCUCACCGAUGCGGACAUCUACCACUUGGCUAACCUCACCGGCCUGCCACCCAAGAGCCGUAAAGGACACCGGCCAAGUGAGCUCCAGUACCCACCCCCUGACAUGCUAGACAUUUUCCAGAGGACUGGCCACCAGCUGGAAGACAUGCUGAAGAGUUGCAACUUCAGCGGGCAGAACUGCUCGAGCGAAGACUUCAGCGUGGUGUAUACACGGUUUGGGAAAUGUUACACGUUUAAUGGAAACAAGACAUCACCCAAGCGGGUAAGGCAAGGCGGCACAGGAAACGGACUGGAGCUGAUGCUGGAUAUUCAGCAGGACGAGUAUCUGCCCAUCUGGAGAGAAACCAAUGAGACGACACUGGAGGCCGGUAUUCGGGUUCAGAUUCACAGUCAGAAUGAACCCCCGUACAUCCACCAGCUGGGCUUUGGGGUCUCUCCAGGAUUCCAGACAUUUGUUUCCUGUCAGGAACAGAGGGUUACAUACCUCACCCAUCCGUAAAGAAACUGUCGGGCUUCAUCUGAGCCUGUGAUCCCAGGAUACGACACCUACAGCGUCAGCGCUUGCAGACUGCACUGUGAGAGCACACAGGUGCAGAGAGAGUGCAACUGCAGGAUGGUGCAUAUGCCAGGUGAUGCUGAUAUCUGCUCACCCAGUAACAUCAAGUGUGUUGACAAGGCGUUAGCUUUACUCCAGAAGAGCACAGGUGACUCAUGCCCCUGCGAGACACCCUGUAAUUUGACUCGGUAUGGGAAAGAGCUCUCUAUGGUUAAAAUCCCCAGCAGGGGCUCCGCUCGCUACCUUUCUCGCAAAUAUCAGAAAUCGGAGGAAUACAUCAGAGACAACUUUCUCAUCUUGGAUAUUUUCUUUGAGGCCCUUAAUUAUGAGACAAUUGAACAGAAGAAAGCGUACGACAUCGCUGGUCUGUUAGGAGAUAUUGGUGGACAGAUGGGGCUCUUCAUUGGGGCCAGUAUUCUUACUAUACUGGAAAUACUUGACUAUAUCUAUGAGGUGGUCAAAUACAAAAUCAAGAAACUACUGAAACCAAAAAAGAGUCAAAAACAACAAAACCAAAGGAACUUGAUUCAAGAGCAGAUCCAGAGAACAAAGAACCUGCGAGAACAGAACCUGCAAACUCAGCUGUCAGAUGGAACAAUAGCUACAGUCAGAUUUGAAGAAGUCAAAGUCAAGGCAGCUAAUGAAGUGGCUCAACCGCACAGUGCACAUCCAACUUCAAUAUUACCAAGUCAUCACAAUGCACAAGCCAUUGUACAGCAGGCCUUUGCUUGUUAAGGGAUGCCUUUUCUUCUCUGUAUUUAUUUUUCAUAUCACUAAACUUGAAAUUGGGAUUCUGAAUGGACCCUGUACACUGAAAUACAAAUGUAAUUUUUUUUUCUCCACUUAUAAAAGCUACAGCCAAAGCCUAAUCCAGGACCUCAUGUGAAACCGUCUCAAACCAGUCACAGCAUCACUGGUCUCAUUGUUCAAGUUAAUACCAGAUGAAGAAAUCACACAAUGUGUUUCACAUGUUCUUUUGUUGUUUUUUUUCCCAUCUGGGUGGUCCUAUUAUGGACUUAAAGGAAGAAAGGACCAGAAAGGAUCAGAUUCGAUCAGAAUGUUGCAUUUCACAUAAAUUACCUAUUUAACAGGACAAAUAAGAACUAAAUGAAAGUUAUAAGGAAAACAGAGAGAUGAAGUAAACAUACAGCUGUUGCUAAGUGCAGAAAAAUUGGUUUCUAUGUGAUUCUUCAUUUGGUAACGUACAGUGCUUGCAUCAUUUCACCUUUUCACAUUUCUUAACAUAAUGAGACUUCUCAGUAGGAGAACAGCUAAAAUAUACCACUUGUUUCUCUGUGAGUAGGUGUUAUGUUCUUUUUCAGUCUCCAUUUUGCUGUAGUCCUUAUAAUGAAACAAUCUGACUCUAGGUUUGAAACAUGGAAAACAUCACACUAGAGCACACACUGUUAAUAAAUAAAAUAAAGUUAAGUAAAAUAAAUAAAUAAAUAAAAUUAAAAACACUAUUGACUUCUUUAUAUGAAUAUAAAAGGUGAUAUUUAUUUUGUAUUUAAAUACAAGCACAUUCAAAUACAAAUAGAUACAUUUAAAAUUGUACUAACAUUUUGCUGAAUAUCCAUAAUUUCCAUCUGGUCAUAAAUCUAAAAAAAAAAUAAAGAUAAAUAAAUAAAUCAGUCUGAAAAUGAGUAGAACACAGUAAAACCGACUACUGCUGAAACAAAACUGUCAGAGUAUAAUCUUAAAAUCACCAUGAGUUCUUCUUCUUCUUCUUUUUAAUUUCAUGUCUUGAAUAAUGUAUUGGAGACUGGUCUUAAGCCAGAGCUUUCUGAUUGAAUAUGCUGAAUUUCUACAAUUAACCUUGUACAUGAGGACAAUAUUUCAAGGAGAAAAAAAAUCAGCUUUUACUGCCAUCUAGUGGGCCUAACACUUAAACACAAACACCUAUCAUCCUUUAUCAACACCACUUUGUAUAAACUUUGCAACACCAAGUCAAAGUCUGCUGGCUCCAUAAUUACUGUGGAAGUAUUUGGUGAAUAACAGUUUUUUUUUUUUUUUUUUAACAAUAUCACAUGUGUGGGCUAAAGACUGUAAUGCAAGUUGUGAGCAAAUUGGUUGUGAUUGCAUGUACCGUCAACCUACAGUGACACACUUUCAACAAACAGAAUUGGAGCUUCUUAAGCUCUUCAUCUGUAACUUUUCUGUUAGCAGUAGCACGUCGCACACAGUAAACAUCUGCAGUGUGAUGCCCUUUAACUCUAUAACCUCAUUACAACAUGUCAGUUCCAAAGAGCCCAACACCUGGUUCUCUGCUCACAAACAUCUUUUUUGAAAAGUAAUAUAAAAUGAAAAAAUAAACAAACCACCUAAACAUAAUUUUGUCAUAAUAAAACAUUCUUAAAUAUUUGGUUUAUGUGCAAAACAAAACAAAAAUAAUUUUGUCUUCAUUUGUUUGUUGGUUGCAUAGCUGAGAAGCAUUUGACUAUGAAGGAGCAGAUUUAAAGGCACAGAUUUUUAAAUGGACAAUAUAGUUAGGUUGUCCCAGACAGCCACAGCUCACGGGAAAAGGAAGUCUGGGUGGAAUACUGGAAUGUUAUUUCUAACAUGGGUGGAUUCAGAAAACUGGAAUAAUACAAAAUGCAUCGUGGAAAUAGCUUUAUACACUCACCCUUUCUGAACUGUCCAGUAUUGUUGUAAACAUACUUUAUCCUCUCUUUCUCUCAGCUGCUUCCACAAUAAAAAUCAAAAGCUAAUUUUUUCACUACAGUUAUUGAAAAAAAAAAAAAUUAUUCACAUUCUCUUUCCAAGCUCCAUCACUAGCCCCAAGUAUACUUUUGUUUUUUGUUUGUUUUUUAUGCAUACGCUAGUGUAUUUAUCGGCAUUCAUUUUUUCCUAAAACAGUUAAGCAUAAAUCCCAUCCUGUGAUUUCAUUGGUUUACUCAGUCACGUAUUCAAGAAGUUCAGACUUCAUGGAUUCAGUACAGAGUUUUUUAAAAAAAAGAUACAUUUUUAGAAUCAGCUGUGGGGCGAGGUUUGUGCUGAACUGGUUUAAAAAUAAUUAUGCUAUGAAUACAGUGUGUGUGACAUAAAUUUCUUCAUAGAGUGCAUUAGUGCCUGCUUACUUCUAGAAGGAUUUUUUCUUUCUAUACAUUUUUCCCAUAUGGAUUCAAAAAAAUAUGUUUUCAGUGUAGCGCUAUAAGCCAUGAACCAAACCAACCCACUACAGGGUGAAUCGCAACAUAACAAACUUUCAUUUGAAGCAAAAAGUAUUUGAAAAUGAGAUAAAUUAAAGGUAAAACACAUAUAUAGCAGCUUUGGUGAUGGAAUGAACUAUGGAGCAUCACAAAUGACAUCAAUUAAAAAUAUAUAACAAA